UUUGAUACCAGAAAGAAAUCCUCUGGGGGUAUAUGUACAGAUAUCCUCUGUGGGUAUAUGUACAGAUAUCCCCUGUUGGUAUAUGUACAGAUAUCCUCUGUGGGUAUAUGUACAGAUAUCCCCUGUUGUUAUAUGUACAGUACAGAUAUCCCCUGUUGGUAUAUGUACAGAUAUCCCCUGUGGGUAUAUGUACAGAUAUCCCCUGUUGGUAUAUGUACAGAUAUCCUCCGUGGGUAUAUGUACAGAUAUCCUCUGUAGGGUAUAUGUACAGAUAUCCCCUGUUGUUAUAUGUACAGAUAUCCUCUGUGGGUAUAUGUACAGAUAUCCCCUGUUGGUAUAUGUACAGAUAUCCUCUGUGGGUAUAUGUACAGAUAUCCCCUGUUGUUAUAUGUACAGAUAUCCUCUGUGGGUAUAUGUAUAGAUAUCCCCUGUUGUUAUAUGUACAGAUAUCCCCUGUUGUUAUAUGUACAGAUAUCCCUUGUAGGUAUAUGUACAGAUAUUCCCUGUGGGUAUAUGUACAGAUGUCCUCUGUGGGUAUAUGUACAGAUAUCCCCUGUUGGUAUAUGUACAGAUAUCCUCUGUGGGUAUAUGUACAGAUAUCCUCUGUGUGUAUAUGUAUAGAUAUCCUCCGUGGGAAUAUGUACAGAUAUCCUCUGUGGGUAUAUGUACAGAUAUACCAUGGUGUUAUAUGUAUAGAUAUCCUCCGUAGUGAUAUGUACAGAUAUCCUCUGUGGGUAUAUGUACAGAUAUCCUCUGUGGGUAGUGUACAGGUAUCCCCUGUGGGUAUAUGCACAGAUAUCCUCUGUGGGUAUUUGUACAGAUAUCAUCUGUUGUUAUAUGUACAGAUAUCCCUUGUGGGUAUAUGUACAGAUAUCCUCUGUCGGUAUAUGUACAGAUAUCCCCGUGGGUAUAUGUACAGACAUCCCCUGGGGGUAUAUGUACAGAUAUCCCCUGUGGGUAUAUGUACAGAUAUCCCCUGUGGGUACAUGUACAGAUAUCCCCUGUGGUUAUUGUACAGAUAUCCCCUGUGGGUAUAUGUACAGAUAUCCCCUGAGGGUAUAUGUAUAGAUAUCCUCUGUGGGUACAUGUUCAGACAUCCCCUGUGGGUAUAUGUACAGAUAUCCCCUGUGGUAACUGUACAGAUGUAUGUACAUAAUAUCCCUGGCACUUUCUGUAUAUGUUAGGCUAACAC